ACACACAUACUUGGUAGGAAGAGAGAGGAGGAGAACGAGCGAAGUAUUGAGAGACGCGUGCACGGGGGAGGAAGAGGACGUGGACAGCCGAAUCGACGUCGCGCGAGAAACCGAGCGUCGUCGUCAGGGCAUACACUACGCCCGGAGAGUUGACAGUUGCUUUUUUGUGUAACAAUAUUGGUGAAAUUUUGCAAUAAAUAUGUCAAAAUACUCAAGAGAUUUGGAAUAACUGAAUGUGCAUAGAAAAUUAUAGAUUUUGGUGUCCAGCAAGGAAACCAAGUUACUGCCUGCCAAUACAGCAGCGUAUCUAAGCACAGUUUCCAACUUACAUAAUGAAUGCUAUGAUAAUAGUUUAAAAGUUAAUGAAAGUGGUGCUGUUUGAAAAUAUGUUCUACAUAUAGUCAUGCUUAUCUAACUUAUCAAAAUACUAUAUGCUGCUUAAAAUGGAAGAUAGCUAUUUUAAUAGAUGUAUUUUCUUUAAUUGCUGAAGACACACAAGUUCUAUUCUGCAACUUUUGGAACUAUCUAGAUACCAAUCCAAUGUAUUUGCAUUCCUGUGCUUUUAGUACUGUAGUCAAAUGUUAAAGAGUUUAGUACCUUAAGUUGAAUCGCAUUGCAAAAAAGUGUGCUGCUUUGGGCAAAUAAGAGUUGGUAGCAAAAACAAAACUCAAUGGUGUAUCUCAAAGUGAACAAAUUUUAGUUACUGCAAGAUGAAUGUAAAGAUUCUAGAAUAUUGUUCUCGUAAAAUGGUUUCCAAAUGUAAGGAGGUGCAAGCACAACCAUUCUCUCAAUAUUUCAUGGAUGAUAGAGGACAAUUCUGAUGACCCUACAUCAAUAAGGGUUAACAGAAAUGGAUAACAACAGCGUAGGAGUGGUGCAGGUAUUCGUGGGCGAGUGGAGCGCCGAAUAUGAGGCAUUGUCGAUCAGGGCGACCAAGCAAACAUCAUCUGCUGAGAUAGUUGAAUGUAUAAUCGAGAGACUGAGCCUUGUUGAUAACAAUCUCUCCAAUGGAUACGAGUUAGCAGAAGUUAUUGGCAAUUCCGUCGGACAGGAGUGUAAGGAGCGAAGAUUGGGACCAACCGAGUGCCCGGUCGCGCUUAUGCUGCUUUGGCCAAAGAAAAAUGCUGCGCAGCAGGAAUAUUACAAAUUCUACCUUAGGAAAAAGCAGCCUGACUACCUAUGGUCCGACAGUAGAUUUCCCAUGGAUCCGCAGCUAUUGAAGGACUAUUUUAAUCGUUUUUUGUAUCAACCUCGCGACAAAGAGUAUCCUGAUCUCUGCCAGCUACCAGAUCUUAAUGAGUUGACGUUGCUUGACAAUCUACGAGCUCGUUUUCUCGCCGGAAACAUUUAUACCUACGUUGGCAGUAUACUCAUUGCCGUCAAUCCCUUCAAGUUCUAUCCUAUCUAUAAUCCGAAGUACGUCAAGUUGUAUCAAAAUCGACGACUCGGACCCGACAUACCACCUCACAUAUUUGCCAUUGCCGAUGCAGCUUAUCACUGCAUGCUUAAGGAAAAAAAGAAUCAAUGCAUUGUGAUCAGUGGCGAGAGUGGUUCCGGCAAAACUGAGUCCACGAAUUUUCUUCUACAUCACUUGACCGCGCUCAGUCAAAAAGGUUCGCAUGGAAGUGGCGUUGAACAGACUAUACUAAGCGCUGGUCCCGUGCUCGAAGCGUUCGGUAACGCGAAAACGGCACAUAAUAAUAAUAGCAGUCGGUUCGGCAAGUUUAUUCAGGUGAACUAUAAGGAAAACGGAAUGGUUCAUGGAGCUGUAGUACAAAAAUAUCUCCUCGAAAAGUCAAGAAUCGUUUCGCAAGGUAGAAACGAGAGAAAUUAUCACGUGUUCUACUACUUGUUGGCUGGAGCGAAUGAACAGGAAAGGCAAGUGUUGCAUCUGAGGAAUUGCGAAUGGUAUAAUUACUUGAACAGAAGCGGAUGUUAUGGACUGGAAAACGUCGACGAGCGACAUGAGUUUUCAAGACUGAAGCAAUCUAUGGAAAUGGUUGGAUUUACUCCCGAGAAACAGAGACGGCUCUUUGCUGUUUUGUCGGCUGUACUUUUGCUCGGUAACGUGGAGUUUCAACCGAGAAAGUCUUAUCAUCAUCACGACGAGGCUGUUGGUGUGAAGAAUCCCGAAGUAGUCGCGCUAAUAUCGGAAUUACUAAGAGUAAAGCAAGAGACGCUACUUGCAGCUCUCACAGCCAAGAGGGCACGCGCUUCCGGCGAAACGCUAGUUAUAAAUUAUAGGCUACCCGAAGCAAUUGCGGCUCGAGAUGCCAUGGCUAAAUGUCUUUAUGGCGCACUUUUCGAUUGGAUAGUCUUACAGGUUAAUCAUGCGCUUCUAUCUAAAAAAGACACCUUAAGGGAUCACCAAGGGAAUAGUAUCGGUGUACUCGAUAUUUUCGGUUUCGAAGACUUCAAGACUUGCAAUAGCUUUGAACAACUUUGUAUUAAUUACGCAAAUGAACAGUUACAGCAUUAUUUCAAUCAACACGUCUUUCAAUAUGAACAACGAGAAUACAGGAAACAAGGAAUUAGAUGGACAGAUAUUGGUUAUAGCGACAAUUCCGGAUGUUUAAAUCUCAUAGAAGGCAAACCCAACGGUUUGCUUUGUCUCCUAGAUGAUCAGUGCAAUUUUCCCGGUGCCACAAAUGAAACACUUCUUCAAAAGUUCAACUCGGUGCACAAGGACAAUCCAUUUUAUGAAGCUCCACAACGAAGGGAAGGAACAUUCGUUGUUCGUCAUUAUGCUGGAGCUGUUAAAUAUCAAGCGUCAAAUAUGAGAGAAAAGAAUUUAGAUCUCAUGAGGCCUGAUGGUGUUGUUGGAGUAUUGAAAAAUUCAUCACUGGCCUUCGUUCGAGAACUAGUCGGAGCUGAUCCGGUUGCCGUUUUCCGUUGGGCUAUUUUGCGGGCUUUCUUCCGUGCUCACUUUGCAUUUCAGGAGGCUGGCAGAGCACAUAGGCAUGGGCGUGCAGAUGGGAGCAAAGCAUCGGUGCAGAAUAGAUACAGGACUCCUAAUGAAAACGUGAUAAGCUCGCACAAGUCGGCCGGUCGGCCGAAUUAUCACAAGCAUCAGCAACAGCAGCAUCAUCAUCGUGGUAAUGGCGGUGGUCAUCAAGCAGCAGUAGCCACUGCGAGUACACACAAUAGCGACAGCCUUAACAACAACAAUAAUCAUCACCACCACCAUCACCAUCAUCACCACCAUCACCAUCACAACAACAACAACAACAACAACAACAACAAUAGGCAGUCGUGGCCGCAGUUUCGUAAUGUUAAUCAAGCUUCGGCUGCUGGCGGUGGCGGCGGCAAUCCGCCAAGACCUGAACAAGCGGCACCAAGACCCAGACAGGCCUCUAGGCCCAUACCCAGAGACGAAGCGAGUGUCAUGGAACGCGCCAAUCAGAUUGUCAUGAAGAACAAAUCGUUCAGGCCACGCGAGAGGGGUAAGAAAGGACUGAAGAAUUUGCAAACAGUGAAGACAUUGGCAGGCAGGACGCAAAGCUACGGCACGGGGCCGGGCAAAGCGAGGAAGCAGCCGAUGACCGUCUCCGCUCAAUUUCAACAGAGUCUUCAUAGUCUUAUGGAUACGCUUAACCAGGCAAAUCCAUUCUUCAUUAGAUGUAUCAAGAGUAACGCUAACAAAGUGUCGAACGAAUUUGACGAUGAGACGGUUCAACGACAGCUUCGAUACACCGGUAUGUUAGAGACAGUGCGAAUCCGUCAAGCAGGCUUCAACGUGCGUCUCACUUAUGAAGAGUUUAUCCAGCUCUAUCGAAUGUUGUUGCCUAAAGGUCUCCUCAGCACGCAAAACGAUGUGCGUGAUUUCUUGCUCACGCUCAAUCUCAAUCGCGACAACUAUCAGUUGGGCAUGACUAAAGUGUUUCUACGCGAGUCAGAAAAAAUCAAGCUUGAUAUCGAGUUACACCAGCAGAUCAUCACGAGUAUCACUACAAUACAAAAAUGGUUCCGAGCGUGUCUCGAGCGACGUAGAUUCCUUAAAUUAAAGAACGCCGUUGUCCUAAUUCAGUCGUUCUGGCGCAUGGUCACGGCCCAAAAACUCGCCAGAGCACUGAGAACCAGAAUUGAGGCAGCUAUUCAUAUACAGGCAGCUUGGAGGACAUAUAAACAACGUAGCUGGUUCAAGAAGCUCAAACAGGGUGUUGUUAGGUUUCAAGCGAUUGUUAGGGGUAAUAAUGUAAGGAGGGCUUUGGCUGAGCUUGGGAAGAAAAAGAAGAGUUUAACUGUCAAAGAACAACGAGAGUAUGGACAUGAAUCACAUGCGACAACGAUUACUGAAAGUAAUUAUUUAUCACAACGACCUGAUUUCAGUAGUCGCAUCACUCCUAAUAGAACAACCGAUAACAGCACCCAUCACGAACCAUCCAUCGACCCGUCGCUUACGAUAACCAAGCGGAAAGUCAUAUUAUCCAAGCGCCUAUCGAAUGACACUUCCUCAUCAACAAAAUCCAGUGACUUGUAUCACUAUCCUGAAACAAACAACACAUCAGCUUCCGCCGAAAUUCGCAAAGGUAGUGUCGAAAGUCUAGCUAGUCUACAGAGCUACGAAUCUCAAGUAUCGGUCGAGUCCUUGGAGUCGCAUCACUCGCACGACAAACCAAUUCCCAGCACAAGGAUCCGCCGAGGUGUCACGAGCAUCGAACAACAAUCUAGUGUACAAUCGACAACUACCACCACCACGACAAGUAGACUAUCAUCGAGUAGUAAACGUACCGACAGUUCGUCAACAGGCUACAGCGACGGCGAGACAGACGCUGAAACACCUAGUGCCGUACACAGUGCCCCACCGGUAUUCAAUGCAAGUGCUACAUCGUUCUCGAGUCCACGCGAUAUCAAGUACCACCAGACGUCUAGUGUUAAGCUUACGCACACACCGACUACCAAUUCUGACAUUUGGCAUAAGAGGUCAGAGUGUAACACUUCAGAGCAAUAUCCGUUGCAAGUGCCGCAAAAACCAAAUCAGAAACCGAGCAUUACAAGGUCGGCCAACGUAUCACAACAACACCGAAAUCUUAGCGACACUCUCAUCGAACAAGAACGAUUAAGCAGGUUGGAAAGGUUAAACAAAGCCGUACCGACAGUUGUCAAAUUCGAUCGCACGUCCGGAAGGCGACUUAGUGAAAACGAGAAUCUAGUGUUAACCCAGAAACGCGAGCAAAUCUUACCUAAGGAUCCUAAGGAUUAUACUUAUUUGAGAAGACAGAACUCCGAAGGCGAUGCAACGCUCAGAGAAAAUGUGUCUGCUAUUCCCAAAAGCGUGCUAACUACCCAAGUGGAGAAGGCUGAACCUGAUGUUCCGGUAAGAAGUGCUCGACGCAAUAGGCCGCCUCGAGAACUCCAAUGUCGUUCAAUGGGCGAAUCGGUGAACGAGGCAACAACAGAGGCGCGAAAUGUCAUUCUAGGUACCAUUAAAGAAAGCGACCUUAUUAAAACGAAUGUUUGGCCACGGAAAGAUGAUGCGAAACAUGAAUCGGUCACGCGGUCUAUUACCGAAUGGCCAGUCGAUAAAAAAGACUCGCAUUUCAAACCUCAGCCUAUUGGUAAUAAAAGAAUUCGUUCUAAUGUAAUCUCAGUUCAAGAGUUACGACGACGAAAUUCUGAUCCGGCUACUAAAGUUUCGGGAAUAGUCGAGAAUAAGGGAUACUCGGAGACGAGUCCCAACGAAUUGAAACCAGCACCUGGAAAUUUAUUGGAAUGGAAGGGUAAUACGUUUAAGUUGGCGGAGCAUGAAUUUAGAAAAAUAGCGAGGUUUAAUAAAGACGAUGUUUGUGCGUGUUGUCAUGAAAAAAUGGAUGCUUUUGUUACACAGGGUUACAAAUGCAAUUAUUGCAAGCAGCCUUUUCAUGUCAAAUGUAUUCAGAACGGUGGUGUUCUGAAAAUGAUGUGCGUACCAGCGAAUACACCUAAUCGAAGAAAUAAGAGAAAACCACAAAGAGCGCCUUAUGAUCAAAAACAAUCAGUAGCGUCGAAAUUUAGUUUGACAGGAACGUCGGAUUUCAAAGAUAGCACAGACAAAAUCAUUUCCGAUGCAAAAGAAUUGGCACUGAUGCAGGAUUUUAUUACGAAAAAAAUCUAUAUAAUGGACGGACAAGAUGACGGCAAAAAACCACCUAGUGAAGUUGAUCGAGUGUUCAAACAGGCUCUUAAAAAGUUUAAAGACGAGCUCGUUAUAACGUACAGUGUUUGUAUACAGCAAGGUGGUAUUGAAGGCAACAUUAAGUACACCGAUCUUAUAGCAAACUUUUCUCACGUGAUGGAAACAGUUUGCAAGCAAGAGAACUUGAAAGAAGCUUUUCCACUGACAAUGGGUGUCAAUGCAUUCAGGGGUUUCAUGAACGAAUUUAUGGCUUUGGCGAAAACAGAGGCUAUGGAGAAACAGAGCAAGAGUAAGAGAAAAAAAGAAAAGAAAGAAAAGAGAAAACAAGAAGAACCUAUUAAGCACGGAAGUCACAUGUUUCAACUGACUAUUAUUAACAUUCCCACUGCUUGUGAAGUUUGCACGUCUUUCUUCAUGUGGCCUAUUGAGCGGGGACUUAUCUGUCAAAAUUGCAAGUUGACCUGUCACAAAAAAUGUUACACACGCGCUUCAGCGGAAUGCGGCAAAGAUGCGCCACAUGAGGCUAACUCACACAAAGUUUUCGGUGUACCUCUUUACAAAUUGGAUUGCGGAGAUGGCAAAAUACCAUUGGUGGUCGAUAGGCUAAUCACGACAAUUGAGUUGCACGGCCUCUACACUGAAGGUAUCUACCGUAAGAGUGGCGUCAGUUCGAAGGUUAAGGAGCUCAAGAUGAAGAUGGAUGAGGGUGAUCUCGAGAAUGUGGAGUUUGAAAACUAUCAAGUGCAUGUGCUUGCCGCUGUGCUGAAGAGCUUCUUUAGAGACAUGCCCGAACCAUUGCUUACCUUCGAGUAUUACGACGACUUUCUUCAUGCGGCUAGUUUGACUGAGUCUCAAGAUAGAAUAAGCACCUUAUUUGCAAUUUUGAAGAAGCUACCGAAGCCAAACUUUGACUUAAUGGAGCGAUUAAUCGUGCACUUAGCUCGCGUUGCUCUGCACGAGGUUGACAAUCGAAUGUCGCCCUCGGCAUUGGCGAUAGUAUUUGCACCGUGCAUUCUUCGCACCAAUAGAACACUUCCAGCACAAGACUCGUUGCAAGAUGUGGGUCGACAGACCAAGUGUGUCGAGACUAUCGUCCAUGAGAAGCUUCGAAUAGUCAAGACGACUCUAGCCGAUAUCAACACACUCGAUUCAGCCUGUCACUCGGCGACUUACCGUUUAUCCAGUCUCAGAUCCUCGAAAAUCUUUAGUCCUGAAGAGUUAAGCUCAACUCUACCAAGCGUCGUUGCUGGUAGAGGUAACAGCAGUGUGACUACAUGUUCUACUGAUCCAGAAAGGGACAGAGAAGACGAAGAAGAGGCGUUGGUUGGACACAUUCAGGAGAUUCAAAAGGAGAAGGCUUUGCUUACUUCAACUUUGCCUAGUCUAACAAGGGCCUCUUCAGAUGAUGACUUGCUGCUUUCUGCUACGGAUCUUGAUGACGGUUCGCUUGAUGAUCUCUUGCCGUCAGCUGAUGGGCUUGUCAGGAAAAAACCAAUACAAAGGCAAAGUUCAGCGGAUAGUAGUUUUCCAACGAUCAUCAAUGUCGACGAGGAUAUGGUGAUGGUAUAGACUAUAUGAAAUAUUCACAAGACGUCUUCUCGCUAAUUAAAGAGUCAAUCGAUAGAUCGAACAGCUAUUAUAUUUAUAAGAAGGAAAUAGCUCUUCGUCGAAACUUCUGAAAUUAAAUACUUCCCAGCGUACAAUGUUCAUAGUUAAGUAUGUAAUUUCGUAAAAAAAAAGAAAAAAACUUCGUUCUUCAAGUCCACUAUUCCAAAAGCGCUACAGGAAGACGGAGGAUACAACAUAGAUAUAUACUUUACAUGUUAAUCUAUACAUAGAAACGGAGUGUACAACGUUUUUUUUUUCAAAUCUAAUCUUCCUAGAAUGCAUUCCUCGUCAAAGACUGUCGUUCGCGUUUGAGCGGUUACACCGCAGCACGUUUCAAAUAAAACUAAAGAGGAAAAAUUUAAUAAAGCCUUUCGUCGGUGUGUGUCGCUUCGCCUACACUUUUCCAAUUUUAGGGAUCCGCCUUGCAAUAAAGCAAACAAAAAAUAUUCACUACGUAUAUCUUUGUGAAUCGUUGACGUGAUAUUUUUUUUUCUCGCUCUUAUGGCAAGAAUGAAGGGAUCGAUGGGAGACGCGUCUAUAUAAUGUGAGUAACAAAUAGUGCGACUAUAAAAGUCACUGCAAGUGUCUGAGAAUGAGAGAUUAAUAAACCCGACAAGUCGUGUUUGAUGUUGUUUUUGUCCACUCUUUCGAAAAAAUCUUAAUUUUUUCUUGCGCAUAGGCGUUUCUCCAUGUAAUUUUUCCUUGCGUGAAGAAGAGAAAGUUAGAUCGUGUGGUUAAUUAAUUUAAGCAAAUCAUGGUUUAUGGAGUGGUACGAACGAUAAACCAAAAUGUCUAGCGUGUACAUAUAACUAAUCUGUUACUAUAUAUUAUUGCGGUUAUUUACGAACGACGUUACCAAGAAUUUAUAUUUCUACUACUGAUUUUUCGUCGAUUAAGGACUAAUCUAAAUAACAAAGCAAUCGCAAUCUUUUGAUUAUGCGCUACUUCCCGAAUUUAUCUUCCAAUUAUUACGCUCCCCUUUUGUGUAAAAACGAACUUUUUGCGCGCGUGAAGCGUUUUUUUGUAUAUUUAUUAUACACGUUUUUAAUUACAUAUUAUUAUUAUGAUUAUUAUUAUGAUAUAGGCAUAAGAGACCACUCGCAGGGCGCAGAACUGAUUGAUUUUUUAAUCAUAAUAUCAAUUUUCAUAUACUUUUAAGAGACCUUGGCAUGAAAACUUGAACAAACAUAAUUUUGAGAAUGUUUAACGAGUAAGAUUUAAUUUGUGUAUUUUUUUAGCAGACUGAUAUCUUGUAAAAUUGUUUCCAAGUUGAAUUCAUUCGUAUUAUUGAAAUGAUAACGAAUGACUAUUGAAAUUUUAAAUAAAAUUAAAGAAAUUAAUUUUUCUAAAGUAAAAAAAAUGGUUUGAUAAUUAAAUGUUGUCUUCUCUUCUAAACAAAAGAUUUUAGGUAUAAUUUAUUGAAUAAUAAUUCUGCAGAAUGUGAGUGAAGAAAAAAGGUUUUUUGUUUUGAUUUUGAAUUUUGCACUUGUUGUUUGGAUAAUGAUAAUACUUACAAAUUAUUACUCAUAAAUUCAUUAUAAUACACAUUUAUUUUUCUAUUCACUAUAAGAAUAUUUAAUUCAAUAUUACCUCAAUUACGAUAUUAUGUAUGCAUUUUAUUAAAUCUACUUAACGAUGACAAGACUUGGUGCAGAAUGCACAAAUAUAAGAAAUGUAUGAAACAAAAUUAUCGUUGAAAUAGUUUUUCUGCUAAGGUUGAUAGAUCUUAUUUUUCGGAGAUUUAUGUAUAGCUUUUAUUCCCUGCGAAAGUGACGAUCAAUCAUAAUGAUGUAAAAAGAUACUUGCGCAUUUUGUUACUAUUAAUUAAUCAGUUAAUUAAUAAAUUAAGAUUUUUUGAAUAGUUAAUUAUAUUGCGAUCAAAAAAGGUACGUUCCUGUUAUUACGAGUUUGUGUUACGAGAAACAUUAGUUGAACAGUGCGAAGUUGUAAAAUUUUUAAUUGAGAUAUAUACUUUAUCGUACAUUCUGUAUAAAGUUUAAAGCUAUUCUUUUUAAGUAGUUUAAACAACUUUGUUCAACGUGCAAGUAUGAUUAAGAUUGGCGAUUCUUUUUUUUAAAUACUUGAUAUAGUCCACGUGUAUUUGUUUUAAAAAGAUCGCUAAUAAAUAUACUUUAAACAAAAGUGUGAAUGAUAGAUUGAGGAAAAUGUUGAAAUUGUGGAGAUCUAUAUAUUUUUUUCUCUCAAACUCAUCAGUUUUGUUAUGGUUUUUGAGAUGCAAAUAAGUGUAUCCAUGACGUAUAAGAUCCUUGAAAAACCGUAAUAACUCAAUCUUGCAAAUACCUUUUCUAAGUCCUUUAACUUGUACAAAAAUAUGUAAAAAGGAAAAGAGUCUAUAAUUUUGAGAUGAAAUGAAACUUUUGUUCGAUGAAACUUUCAACGAUGGAUUUGGAAUUUUAGUAUUUGCAAGGUUAAUGAUUGCAUUUUGAAUGAGUACAGAGACAUAUGUAUUUUAUAAAAAGAAAUUUUUUUUGCAAAUGAUCUAUGACUGACUCAGACUUGAAAUAUUUUCGUCACUGAACUAUAAACGUACAUAAUUGAAUAUUUAGAAAAUUAUAUAUCGCAGAAAAAAAGGAUAAUAGAAGAAACGGGACUAAGUUAUUGUGAAAAAAGGAAAAGACACAUUUGGCGAAAAUGAUUUUUAUUCGAAAUUUUAUCAAGCUUUUUUUUUUUUGAUUAAUAUAAUUAAAUCUUGAAAGGUUUUACUCGUUAUACUCCAAGCUCUUUCAGAUGCUAUCAUUUUUACAACAAUCGUGUAUAAAAGUAAAAAAAGCGCUAAGAAUGAUGAAAAAAAUUUUGUAAAGCGAUUAUGAAUAUGAUCGACGUACUGCGCGGCAGUGCAGGGCGAACUUUUAAAGCAACAAAAUGUCUGUAUAUUUUUUUAAACACACUAUGUGAUAUAUAUCCGUAUAAAUAAAUGAUAAACAAAAUUUUUUUUUACUUUUUGUCACUAAUCAUUAAUUUUUUAUUAUUUUUUGGUUAUGCUUCUGAUAUUUUGAAGAAUUUUAAUGAAUUUUUGUGCUUGUCUUAGCUGCUAGUGGAAAUCAGUAAUUUCUUCAUUCUAACGUUUUAAAAUAUCGUCAAAGAAAAGAUAUGCUGAUUUUUAAGACAUAACACGAUAAAUUAUCUUUUGAUUAAAUUAGUGUUAGAUUACGUAAUUAAAUAUAACUUAAAUGAAAUCAUUUUGCGAUGUAAAAACUUGACAUUCAUAUUUAUCAAUUUCAUAACUUUUUCAACAUUUCAAUAUAUAACUGGUGUAAUACGUGCGCUUUUAACGAACGACGGUAUAAUUUUCAACGUUUUUUUUAACUUAAUUCACUAUCAUCAAUCUCGAAAAGUAAAAAUGUUUGUGCCAAGCAAAUGAUUAUAAUAAAAUUCGCUUUCAUUUCGCUGAAUUUACCCCAAUUUUGAUAUUUUUAAUUGAUCGCACUUUGAUAUAUCUCACGGUUGAGUUUUUUUUCAAUAUCUUACGUAAGUAUAAAAAGCAAAAAUAUAGUAUAUCCUAUUUCUAAAGUAUAAUGUGAAAAAGCAAAACUGCAGUCUCCUACAUGAUAUAGCCAUUAAAACUUUUUCAUAGAGCUUUCAGAAUUUAGUACGGAAACUCGUUUCUGCGCUAAACCGUUUUUCUUGCAAAUACACUUUUCUUUUUAAUCUUUCGCUAUAUUCUACAUUCUUCUAUUCCAAACAACCAAUGUAAAAGCUGAUGAAUCUUUUCACCCAAAAAGAGUGACAAUUUCUUUUUUCGAAACAAAAAUGCGAAAUGAAUUUAAGCGGAUGGAGGAUGGGUUGCGUGAGCAAUGCAUGCAUGAAUAUACGAGCGGAUUAGCAGGGUCAAAGUUAUUAACUUUAGUCUGUCGAUGAAAGUGAUGUGAUAAUUUUGUCAUACAUUUGCUCUGGAAAAAAAAAAGAAAUUCUUGAGUUUAUUAAUCGAAUUCAAUGCGUUUUCCUGACAAAUUUGUGCGCUUUCAACGAAAACAAUAAUGAAAAUGCCGAUGACUUUUACGAUAUUUUUAGAACUGAUUGCUUCUACGAGUUUAUAGUACAAAGUAUAUUUACGAGACUGUAUAUUUCCGCCGUACAAAUCAAGAUUAAUUUUUCUAAGUCUUAUUUUUCUAAAUGUUCGAUGGGCUAAAGCGUACACGAAGAUGCAUUCAAUUCGAUAGAUAAAUUUAUAAAAUUGUAAAUAUUUCUUUAAAAACUGAUACAAAUUGUAUUUUCAACUAAAAUCGACUAUUUAAUGUAAUCGAGUCGAGUAUAUUAAAUGAAUGAGAGUUCUUCCCAUUCAUGUCUUGACGUAGACCUUAUAAGCUAUAAAUAUAUAAAUAUGACAUGAAUACACACACACGCACACGCAUACACGCGCGCGCGCGGACAUAAACACA